AAAGUAGCUCUACAAGCUCGCCUUUUAUAACGUUUUGCGGAACAGAGAAACUCAUCCAAUUAGUAAAACACACGAAAUGUCCGAGGUGAGCAUAGUAAAUGCUCGCGCGAACGUGAUGGUGUAUGACGAACAGCAGAAAAAGUGGCUUCCGAGCGGAAACAGUCCUGGAAUGGCAAAGGUUCAAGUCUAUCAUCAUACUGUCAACAAUACUUACAGAGUCGUCGGUCGGAAGAUAAAUGACCAUGCAGUAGUUAUAAACUGCGCACUGUUAAAAGGGUUAAGAUACCACGUCGCAACAGAGCGCUUUCACCAGUGGCGGGACCAAAGACAAGUGUACGGGCUAAACUUUGCGUCAAGCGCCGAGGCGGAGGAGUUCGGAAAUAUUGUACGGGACUGUCUGGCAAAACUUUCUGGAACUGUUUCGCCUGCUAUGGAUACGACGGCACAACAGAGGGCACAGGAAGAAGAGCAAAGGCUGGAGGACGAGCGGUUAAGGAUAGAGGAUGAAAGAAGAAGGGCCGAAGAGGAAAUUGCAAGACGAAAUGAAGAAGAAAGAUUAGCUAUGGAAAAGAUUCAAGAAGAAGAAAGACAGAGACAAAUGGCACCUGCAUUACCGUCAUCAGCACCACCAGCUCCCAGAGCACCUGCAGCUCCUCCUGCAGCACCUGCAGCCCCCGCUGCACCCGCCGCACCCGCUGCACCUGCUGCACCUCCAGCUCCUGCUGCACCAGCGGCACCUGCUGCACCUCCAGCUCCACGAGCCCCUCCAGCACCUAAAGCGCCACCUGCACCUGCAGCACCUCCUGCUCCGAAAGCACCUCCUGCUCCACGAGCUCCUCCGGCACCUGGAGCUCCACCCGCGCCUCCAGCACCAGGGGCUCCAGCACCGAGAGCGGCACCGAGUGGUGGAGGUCUUGGUAUGGGUGAUCUUGCUGCGCAACUUGCUGGCGCAACUUUGAAGUCCGCAAAGAGCGCCAACAGACCCGCUCCAAAACCAGCCCUGAGUCUACAGGAUGAGAUGCGGCUGAAGCUUGAGAGGAGGAAAGCCAAAUUGGCUGACGAUUCAGGGUCCACAGGAGGAGGUUCGGGGACUGUCACACCCACACCAUCGGAGAACACGGACACGCUUGUUAUUGAUUUCAAAAAAGGACUCAAACCCAGUAAUUCACAAAAACUAAAAGCACUAGACGAUCACAAUCAAGGUGACACUGACGGUACAGACAAUAAAUUAUUUGACUUCAAAAAGACAUUGAAACCCAGCAAAUCAUCGCAAUCACAUAAAAUACCCCAAGAAGAGAAAACAGAGAACAGAGUCUUCGGUUUCAUGAGGUCUUUAAAACCGAGCAAAUCAUCCACCAAAACACAUUCACCACAAGACUCAACCCCGCGCAUGGAGGAAGCCGACUCUCCAAAACAUAAAAGCAAAUACUGUGUAAAAGAAACUUUCAACACGGUUUCAACUCUCAAACAAACUACGCGUAUGUUCGAAAAGAAUAAAUCACCAGUAGCGGACAGUAGUGCACCAUCCUCGCCCUCGCCUAAACCUAAAUGGAAACAGGACCUCGAGAAGAAAAAUAACAACGGAUCUAAUACCCUAACGUGGUCACAGAAACAAAAGCAGAAAGAAUCUUUACAAAAUGGAACUCCAGAUAGUCAAACAAGUAGUGGUGAAGUGCUAGAUGCCAUAGAAAGAAUGAAGGAGGAGCUAAUCAACGCCUUUAGAGAGGAGAUCAGUGGCUUGAGAGACGAAGUUAAAGAACUAAAGGAGCAACUAGCGAACAGAUAAUUUGACGUGAUCUCCAGACGACUCAAUCUACUCUUAUAUCAGAGCUCCUCAAAAUUCUGGGGCACACAUAACCACGAACUAGUCUGUCACGUGUGACACGUUUCCAUGGUCACGUGACACGUUUCCAUGAUAACACUAGUGACCUCACGUGAUCGUUGAGGUGGGACAAUUGUUUCAGAAAUAUCACAGGAAAACAGUCAGAUGAUUAAAUAUUCGAUGUAUGAGAUCUAGGAACAUAUUUAGUUUUUUGAUUAUUGGAUUCAUAAGAUUCAUGACAUAAUCGGCGUUCACUCAAUUCAACUGAUGAAAAAGACACCGAAAAAAAAUUGAAAAACGUUUUUAACGACGCACAGAUUUAUUUCCGUCGACUGUGUUAAUACGAAUUUGUAAUGAUGAAGGUUUCCCGUGUGUAUGUUCACUGUUCAGGUAACAAAUGCUCACAAAUUUUUGAUUUCUUGCGCAGUUUUUAUGUAAAACAAUGGGUUUCACAAGUUCUGAUGAAAUUUGCCCUAAAAUCUAAGUUUGAUACCCCCGUUAUCAAGCACCGUUUUUAAUGAUGAUUUUGACUUUUAAAAUGUGAUAUAAUAAUUAUGAUAUUGUGUAUUUUGUCUAGAUGGGCAAGUGGACUGGAAUUUAAGAAGAUUUUCAGUAUAGCCUAGUAUGAUUGCGAUGUUUAAUUCACCAACAUUGUAAGGAGAUGACAUUAGAUUACCGUGACGAUAGAUUUCUAAUUUUUAUGAUCGUUGCACUGCUAUAAAUACAUUUAAAUGUUUAGGUGAUCGGCAUUGUGUUUCAUAUUCUUAGUUCAAAAUGUAUUUAUAACUAUUUGGGAUGAAAAUGUAGGGAUUUUUGUGAAAAAAUCGACCAAAUUUACCAUAUUUUGGCUGUCAGAGCUAGACUUAAUGAUAAAUUUUCCCGGUACCGCGGUACUAGAAAGCUCCUUUUCCGGUUCUUUUGUAAGACUCAUUUUGUUGUUUCACGGUUUUUUUCGUACUAAUGGUAUUUUUGUCCGCGUCUAGUGUUUCUACUACUUGAUCCAUUAUUCAAUACUUAAAGGUUGGAGCUCCAGAUCGGAAACGCUUAUCUUGCAAUGGAACUUAUGGUCAAGGGGGUCUAACCUUAAUUUUGUCAGUGCCCAUCUUAAAAAAGGCAAAACUGAAUCCCCAAAGUUUGGGUUAUGACCCACCCUGGCCCCAGUUACAACAUACAAGUGAUGGUGAUACCGAUUUAGGGGAUGCGAAGCACGGUUUUCAAGAUUGAUAUGUGCUGCGCAGUGUGCAAUAGAAUGUGUGUGUUGAUCUACUAAUGUUGUUAUAUUACUGUACAUUUUGUAUAGAAAUUAUUACUCUGUUACAA